ACCAGGCCAAGUCCCGCUCGAGCAUGAAUUUCUGCAAACACCCCUGUCAACAUAAACUCAGUCUCCACUAGGUCCCUCCCGACUUCAAGUCCGGCCCACAAUGAAGGUCUUGGCCGCAGGAGUUAUGCCUCUGCUGCUGGUUCUGCACUGGAAACAUGGGGCCGGGAGCCCCCUACCCAUCACCCCCGAUGAUCCCAAAUGCGAAAUGCGCCAUCAGUGCCCAGGCAACCUCACGUUCCAGAUCCGGAACCAGCUGAAUCAGCUCAAUAACAGCGCCCAGGAACUCUUCACCUAUUAUUACAAGGCUCAGGGAGAUCCAUUCCAGACCAACCUAGACAAGUUGUGCAACCCCAAUGUGACGGACUUCCCGCCCUUCCACGCUAACGGCACGGAGAAGGACAAGCUGGUGGAGCUAUACCGGAUCAUAGCCUACCUCAACGCCUCACUGGGCAACAUCACCCGGGACCAGAAGGCCCUCAACCCUGGCGCCCAGUCUCUCAUCAGCCGGCUGAAUAUGACCACGGCCAUGAUGAGGGGCCUGCUCAACAACCUCACCUGUCGUCUGUGCAGGAAGUACCACGUGGCCCACGUCUCCGUCUCCUACGGUCCCGACACCUCCACCAAGGAUACCUUCCAGAAGAAGAAGCUGGGCUGCCAUUUGUUGGGGAAGUACAAGCAGGUCAUCUCUGUGGUGGCCCAGGCCUUCUAGGCACCCAAGAAUCUCAAGGUUCACCGUGACUUGGGGGGGGGGAGUCUCUAGCAUCUCAACUGAAAUUCUGGACCCGUGGGAGAUCUCCAAACGUGGGUCUGGGCUAAGGACUCCCGAGAGUGAUCCAGACCUGGGGCCAGAGAGGAUCCCAAAGUGCGAUUCAAGUGCCUAGGGCACUCGCUGGUGGUUCUCAAGGUCCCUUAGGCGGUCCGCAGGUCGGAUCGCCCCACCAGGUUGACCAGUGCCAUUGUCAAGGGGGGAGGGGGAACGUGUCCUCAGUGGGUGCACGGGAUGAGAGGAGAUGCAGAAUUGCCAGGAUCAGAGGGGCUAGGCUGCAGGUUGGUGCAAGUUGGGAAAGGGGGCUCGGGGCUCAGUGGAGGGCUCUGGCAGCUGGUGUGGCCAUCAGUGUCUCCGGGUCCUCUGGGGCCAUUUUCAGUGCCAGAGAAGGGUUUGGCUCCUUGGAGUGAGGCAGCGCCCCUCUAAGGAAAGAGAGGUAGGAAAGGACAAAAGAAACUUGGAGGAAUGGAAGUGAAGAAGGUUCAAUGAAGGAAGCUCUGGGAACUCACUGCCUCUCCCCUCAGACCCUCGUCCCACCCUGUCGUGUAGGGCUUCUGAGGACCCUGGAGGGCUGAGCCAUCCCAUCUCCCAUCCCUGGCCUGGCCAGUUCCUUCAGGGGGACACGGUGAGGGCCAGUGGUUUUCACUGGUGGCCCAGUGGCUUGGGGACCCAACAGAGUGUGGUACAGUGGAUGGAGACUUCAGUUACCAAGUUCCAACCCACUUCUGCCACUUACCAGACUCUGGGAGGAGACCCUCGCCCUCAAUUCAUCAGCAUCUCCUUCUUGGGCCUCAGUUUUCUCCUCUGUAAAAUAGGCCAAUUGGACCAGAUGGACUUUGAGGUUCCUCUGGCUCUAGAUGACCUGAGGAUUGUAAUGCCAGGAGGAGGGGGGGUCCAGAGAGCUCUCAGACCUAGGAGGGGAGGGGUAACUGGGAGAUGGGGCUGGGGGGCUCAUCUCAUCAGCGCAGAGUGGCAGGCUAGCCCACUAGCGAGGCCGUCCAAGGACUAGGAGGAGAGCAGAAGCAGGGUGGGGGGCUGGGGCGGGGGGCGGGGGGCUGGGCCUGGAGAGAACUGUGUUCCUGGGUCAGCAGGGCAAGGGAGAGGACCAGGAGAUCACUGGAGGAAACCUGGCCUUGGGGGAUCUGAGAUCCUGCCAGCCAAGUGCCCACAGUGUGGAACUCGAAAUGAUUGUCUAUUUAUUUGUGUUUUUUUCUAUUUAUAUUAAUUUAUUGGUGCUUUUCUGGCAAAGUUAAUGUUCCUCUCUCCCCAAUAAUGAUAUGAUAUAUGUAUGUCAUGCAUAUAUAUUUAUAGAGGCACAAGGACCGGAGGCAGGGUUCGGGGAGACGAGUGUCAGACCUGGGACCCUCUAGUGAACGGGGUUUGUUAUCUGAGAGGGCUCUCGGUGGCCGGGGCCUAAAGGCUGGGCAGACGGCUCCCACCACACUGCCGCCAUAUGCUUCUGGCCUGGCCUCCAGCCUCUCAGAAAGGCAGUGAGGAUGGGGCGCCUCUUUCAGGUCUUAUCUCUUGUGGCUCUGCCCAGAGGGCCUCUGGAAGCACUUCUCUGUACACACACACAGGAGCAAACAUGGCGCAUGAAGGCGCCUCCCAGACUGAAAACCAUCCUCCAUAGCAUGGAGGCCAGCUUUGGGGUUACCUUCCCUGGGCUGGUGGAGAAUCUCUCUGGGAGACUUUGCCCUAGCUGGAUCCCAAGUGAGCCUGAGACAUCCCAGAGGAUCAGACCAGUAGGGCUCUCCCCAGGACACGCACGCCACCCCCUCUUCUUCCUGGCUUCCUGGCCUCGGAGAAGUCUGUCCCUGCUGUGGCAGCAAAGACAGAACUGAGAUUUCUCCCCAUUUGAGAGUGGAGAGAGGGCUAUGGGGGAAGGAGGACCUUCUGUCCCACCCCAGGGCCUCAGCACUGAUAAGGAUCUCCUUCCCUGCCUCUACCAUGCCUGGAUUAGAUUCAGCUCAAUUCAGCAAGCAUCUAUUAGGCACCUACUGUGUGCCGAGUCCUGUGCUAGACACUGGGGGGGAGGGGAGUUGAGAAUCGGGAGGAGAAGGGGAAGCCGAAUGGGUGCAGCUGCUAUGAGGAUGUUUUGUACUUUAUCCUGAACUCGGGGUGGGGGUGGGGUGGGGGUGGGAGACAGUGGGGAAUGAGUUGCCUGUAUGAAAAACAGUUGUGAUAUUUUUGCACUUACUUAUACCUUCCUCUGAGUAUCUCUAAGCACUUUACCAGCACCCACCCGUGUGGCAGGCUCCAAGGCUGGUGGUGGGAAGGGGAGCUGGGGCACAGAAUAGUGGGCAGCUGGAGAUUUCGAGCUCUGAUGGUGAAAUCGAGGCUUAGAGAAACCCCAGGACCCACUUGUCCCACUUUUGUCUCUCCUGAGCCUCCUUCUUUGUAGGGCCACAUUUUUGGUACUCCCGAAUCCAGUGAAAGUGCCUUUUCCCAGCCCCUUGCACCCCAGCUAGGCCAUCCCAAGAGACACUGACUCUUUGAGUCUACCCAUUCUCAUGCUAUUCCUGUUAGCUCGAAUGCUUGCAGCUUCUGGAGCUCAUCAUGCUUUUCUGUGCCCCUUCCUGACCUCUCAUUCAUCAGCCUUUACCACCACCUAGUUGGACUCUUGACCAUUCUGCCAUUUUGGCUCUGAGGCUUAGAUGGGGUGGCAGGUGGUUCUCUGGAAGGUGUCAGUGCCAGUGCCUGUCCUCUACAGCCAUAAGGUCACUCCCACCCCACCCCAAUGUAAUCUUGUCCCUGGACGGGGCUUGCCCAUAGCACUUCCCAAAAGUCAUCUUUUUCCAGUGUUUUCUAUCCACUUCUUUCUACCAGAAUGACCUUGACCUUGGAGAAACUCCUGUUUGAUGAAUGUAGCCUGUGGAAAUGUUUCAUAUAGACGGAUUAUUUUUUAUUUAUUUAGUCUUGUAUUUAAAAUAUUUAUUUUUUAUACCAAAUUGAAUACUUCUUUUUUAAAAAAGAGAAAAAAAAGAAUAAAUUAAUAAAACGAGAUUGCU